AUGGCCCAGCCAAGUGCAGAGCCAGUCGAGGAUUACGACUAUGAAUCUCUGCCACCCAACUUCUCUUUGCUGCAGAAUAUGGCAGCAGGUGCCUUUGCUGGUAUAGCAGAGCACACUGCCAUGUAUCCGAUUGAUGCGAUCAAGACGAGAAUGCAGAUACUUAACCCCAGCACCACUCCCGCCUAUUCAGGUGUCAUCCGCAAUACUGUUCAAAUCGCCCGUACCGAGGGCUUCUUUAGCUUAUGGCGCGGAAUGUCCAGUGUCAUCGUUGGUGCUGGACCUGCACAUGCCGUUUACUUUGCGACUUACGAAGCAGUUAAACAUGCCAUGGGUGGCAACCAGGCGGGUGUUCACCAUCCUCUUGCUGCUGCUACUAGUGGUGCUGCCGCUACUAUUGCUAGCGAUGCUUUCAUGAAUCCUUUCGAUGUUAUCAAGCAACGUAUGCAGAUCCAAAAUUCUAGCAAGAUGUACAGAUCUAUGUUUGACUGCGCCAAGUAUGUCUACAGGUCGGAAGGCCUAGGAGCUUUCUACAUCUCUUACCCCACGACACUGUCCAUGACAGUACCUUUCACGGCCCUCCAGUUCCUCGCAUACGAGUCGAUCUCUACCGCCAUGAACCCGGCAAAGAACUACGACCCUAUGACACACUGCUUAGCUGGCGCUGUUGCUGGUGGAUUUGCUGCCGGUCUUACAACUCCCAUGGAUGUCAUCAAGACAAUGCUUCAAACACGUGGAACAUCGACCGAUCCUCAAGUGAGACAAGUCAACAGCUUUGUUGGAGGAUGCAGGCUGUUAUACCAAAGAGCUGGCGUCGCGGGUUUCUUUAAGGGCGUCCGACCUCGUAUUGUCACCACAAUGCCCAGCACAGCCAUCUGCUGGUCAGCUUAUGAGUUCUCCAAGUCUUACUUUAUCAAGCGAAACGACGCUGCCUGA